ACACAUGUAAAAUCAUCAUUACAAAAUAUUGCGUAUGAAGCGUUUAAUAAUUUCAUCACCAGAGUACGCUGAUGAAAGAAAAAUAGUGAUGGAGAGGAAAUAUAUGUGUUGAUUGUUAAGUUUUAAAUGCAGUAUCUUAUAAUAUGAAUUAAAUUUCAUUUCUGUCAAUAUGAAUCUUACUGCAAGAGCUAAAACAGAGAUUUCAAAAUCAGAUGAUGAUGCUUUAAUUAAUAAAAAACUUCCAAAAGAAUUAUUAUUAAGGAUAUUUUCAUAUUUGGAUGUUGUUUCUUUGUGUCGUUGUGCUCAAGUGUCUAAGGCUUGGAAUGUGUUAGCACUUGAUGGUAGCAACUGGCAAAAGAUUGAUCUUUUCAAUUUCCAACGAGAUAUUGAGGGUCCUGUAGUAGAAAAUAUUUCUUUACGCUGUGGAGGAUUUUUAAAAAAAUUAAGUCUUCGUGGAUGUAAAAGUGUAGGUGAUGGAGCAUUAAAAACAUUUGCUCAAUAUUGUAAUCAUAUUGAAGAAUUAAAUUUAAAUGAAUGCAAGCAGCUAACUGACAGGAUAUUUUCAUAUUUGGAUGUUGUUUCUUUGUGUCGUUGUGCUCAAGUGUCUAAGAACCUUUGGAAUAAAAGAAUUGACCUGGGGCGAGGCUUGAACCCGCAAUCUCCACUUGCUGUGCCUGUUGCACCACUCGGACCCCAAGCAAGUCGUUGUUUCCAGAGAACAUUUGCUCAAUAUUGUAAUCAUAUUGAAGAAUUAAAUUUAAAUGAAUGCAAGCAGCUAACUGACAGUACUUGCCAGAGUCUCAGCAAAUACUGUCCAAAAUUGAUACAUCUUGAUUUAGGAUCUUGCUCACAAGUUACAAAUCUAUCAUUAAAGGCUAUAGGGACAUUAGAAGUUGCAGGCUGUUCUCAAUUUACAGAUAGUGGCUUCCAGGCAUUAGCCAAGAAUUGCCAUUUACUUGAAAAAAUGGAUUUAGAAGAAUGUGUGUCUAUCACUGACAAUACAUUAUGCUAUCUUUCUGCUGGCUGCCCAAACUUAGAAAAAUUGAGUCUGUCUCAUUGUGAAUUAAUAACAGAUGAAGGUAUCCAUCAUCUUGGAACCAGUCCAUGUUCUUCAGAACAUUUGAAUGUUCUUGAAUUAGACAAUUGUCCUUUAAUUACUGAUGCUUCCCUAGAUCAUUUGAUAACUUGCCAUAGUCUUCAACGUAUUGAAUUAUAUGAUUGCCAGCUGAUUACAAGAGCUGGAAUCCGUCGUUUGAGGAGCCAUCUUCCUGAUCUACGAGUGCAUGCUUAUUUUGCACCAGUAACUCCACCACCUUCAGCGGGGGGAGGUCGUCCACGAUAUUGUCGAUGUUGUGUUGUCUUAUGAGAUCAAUUUUAUUCAUCCUAUGAUAUAAAGAAAAAAACUAGGUGCAUUCCAAUGAUCUAAUUCUCUGUGUUGCAGUAUGCACUGCAUUAUACACUGGCACAGAGAUCAAUAUUAUUUCCUAAGAUUGUUAAUUUAUUACCAUAUGCAAUAUUGGCAAAUUUUGUCAUAUCAACAAUUAUUUCCAUAAGAUAAAAAUAUAUUGGAAAUAACAAUCAUGAAAAAGUAUUUGUGAUAGAAAUGUUCAAAGGAAAGUGAAAACAGCUUGCAAUGGACUUAUUGAUGGUUAGAUAUGAGAAAUUAACAAUGAAAUUUUGCUGAUAAUUGACAUUAUUCCUGAUAUACGAUCUUUACAAGAAUUAUCCACAAAUUUCCAUAUGUAAUUAUAAAGUUUUAUUUAUAUCAACUAAGGAAUGUUGGAAGAACAAAAUGAUAAGUUUUAUAAUCAUAAACUUUAAAUAUUAUAUCCAAAAAAAUAUCAUAUUUGAAUUUAUAAGUUGCUUGUGAAAGUUGUGAAUAUGUUGUAGUAUAUUAUUAUUGUAAUCAGUAAGAAAUUAAAAAAUAUAACAUGCUUUUUACAACAUAUAUAUAUAUGAAAUUUGAAUUUUAAAUUUUUUGUUAUUGAAUAAAAAUAUUGGUAUGAUUAUUAAAUUGUGAACAGUAAUGAUUUAUUUCAAAAUAAUAUUUAAUAAAAUUAGGAGUAAAAUAUGAAACAAUUUUCUUUUAAGGCUGAUUUAUAGCCUUUUUGGUUAUACAUGUGAUCUCAGCAGAUGGCAUUAUAAAUUUCAUGCUUUUUCUAUGGGAAAUACUUUGGUCAGUUACAUCCAAACAAUUUUUUGCUGGAGAAUCCUAUUUAAUCUGUAUAUUAAAAUGCAGUUCAGAAUUUUGAAAAUUGAAUUUAUUAAUUUUCUACAAAUUUUCUAUAACUUUAAAAAUUCAUAGAAAAUUAAAAAAUUCAAUUUUCAAAAUUUUGAAUUCUACAUUAAUAGAGAAUUAAAUAGGAUUCUAAUGCAAAAAACUGCUUGUUUAGUUCUAUUUGCUUCCAUUUUCAAUUUUUGGCAAAGAAUUUUCCCAUAGAAAAAGCAAUAAAAAUUUAAUGCUAUCUGUUGGAGAUUGUAACCUGUCUCUGGUUAUGGAUGCAAUCAACCUUAAGCUUAUUUUCAUACAUCGAUAUUUUUUGAUAACUUUAAAAAUUGCUUGAAUAUAUUUAAACUAAUAUGCUAGAGUUUCACUUUCACAAAAAAAAAAAAAA